AACUGGAUGUUGAUGAGCCUCACAUCCGUUUAGGUCGUCUAUAUCUGUACAGUUUCAACGAGGAGACCCCUGCUUCACCCCUGAUUGAGAUCCAAAGAAGAGAAAUGUCUGCAAUCCUGGAUAUGAAAUGGUACAACUUGGAUAAAAACCACUUGGGUGUCAUGUCCCGGUGGCUGGCCAUGCCCUCUUGGGCUUGGCAGAUGCUGGUGGAUCCAUAGAGCUGCUCCGCUUGGUGGGAUCGGAGAAGGGCAGUUGCACACUGCAGCAGUUUUCCAGCCUUGCCCUGGGGGAGCAGUGUCUGGCCUUGUCCCUUGAUUGGUCCACAGGGAAAGCUGGAAGGUAAGGGCUAGGGUUGGUGAGGGGCCCUGAGUCUUUGUCAAUUCCUGUGUUCGCUAGAGAGAAAAAGCCAUCUUAAGUUAGCCUGAUUAUGGCUCCCAAACCCGGGAAUAUCAUUACUGGUGUUAAUCUAUAAAAAAGAAAUAUUGCAGCAUUCUGAAUAAAUGGUGAUAAUGUUUUCAUUGAGAGAAGCUGGCGUUAAAUUUCUCUUGGCAAGCCAUAUGGUAAUUUUGGUCUUUGCCACAUACCCAGGCAAGCCUCUUAAGAGGCCUCGCGUUCAUGUACAAGGCGGAGGACAGCCUCUGCCCUGCCCUGGGGUGUGGUGGGCGAGUGGAUUCGGGUCCCCGGUUUGCCCCUUGGUUCUCUGUGUCUAGGGCCGGCGACCAGCCCUUGAAAAUCGUCAGCAGCGACUCCAAGGGGCAGCUCCACCUCCUGGCGGUGGCGGAGACCGGCCCCGGGCUGCAGGCAGUGGCCGCCUGGACGGCGCAUCGCUUCGAGGCCUGGGUGGCCGCCUUUGAUUACUGGCACCCGGAGACCGUGUACUCAGGUGGGGACGAUGGGCUCCUGAAAGGCUGGGACACCAGGAGCGCGCCUAAUUCACCUCUGUUCGCCAGUGAGAGACACUCCAUGGGUGUGUGCAGCAUCCAGAGUAGUCCACAUCAGGAGCACAUCUUGGCCACGGGAAGCUACGACGAGCACAUUCUGCUGUGGGACACUCGGAACAUGCAGCAGCCGUUUGCAGACACACCGGUGCAGGGUGGAGUGUGGCGGCUGAAGUGGCACCCUUCCCACCCCCACCUGCUGCUGGCAGCGUGCAUGCACGGUGGCUUUAAGAUCCUCGACUGCCACAAGUCAGAAGAGAAGCAGGAGGCGUGCAUAGUCUCAUCCUGCGUGUGGCACUACUCACUGGCAUACGGGGCCGACUGGUCCUGGUUCUCCCUCCGUCCUCAGCUACAGGCCCAUCAGCCAGCCUCUUUAGUGUCCUUUCCCCACAGUGACAUGGGAGUCAGAACAGCAGAUUUGGUCCAUAACUUGAAGACCACAGGCGAGUUACCAGCAGCCUCUCUUGAGCCUGUGGUAGUUGAAGGUGGAGAGGACCUUACCACACAAAUCAGACUUCCGAGUGGAGGCAAGCCAGGAACUUCUUUUCAGCUACUCUCAGAAGACACAAAGAGGAGCAGCAGCAGACCUUAUGUCACAGGGAGUAAGAUCUGUGACCAUGACCUGCAUCUGGAAGGAGCAAACUUUGAAAACAGUGUCUUAGCCACUUGCUCAUUUUAUGAUCAUGUUCUUCAACUCUGGAAGUGGGAAAUGAGCUAAGGAAGAUUCUCUGUCUGAAGUCAUCAAGACACAUUUCCACACACACUCACAUGGCUUUAUCUUGUCUUGAGUGAAUGGCCCUGGGGAGCUUUCUUGUUUCUCAGACCAUGCAUCUCAUGUAGAUUCUGAAUGUAAUCUCUGUAGGUUACUGUAUACAUUUCUGUGCAUCUUUAUGGAAUCUAUAGUGUACAGUCACAAAAAACUGUUGGCUUUUCUUAAACAGAAUUUUCCUGCUGGGCUGUUAAAAACGGACAGUCUGAAUCUGCCUGGCACUAAGGAAUCCUUGCCCUGGGAAGUCAGUCCUUGUCCUGCUCUGACUUGGGCUGUCUUAAAUGUGCACGGGAAGCGACCUGGUUCCUAGUUCUCAAAGCUGGUAGUUUUUCUUGUGUAUUUUGACUUUCAGCUCUUAAAAGUAUUAGGCAACUGUUUGUAUUAAGUGAAAUUUUUUUUUGGGGGGGGGGAGUUACUUUUAACAUCGUUAAGUCUUUUUUUAAAUCAUAUUUCUAAAUUGUAGAAUAUAACAUAUACAUAGAAGUGAUAACUUUCCAAGUGCAAUGUAACCAUUAGGGAGCAAAUUUCAAAGAAUGUUAUGGGUUACAGUUCCAGUUUGUUAUUUCCUUAACAUGAAAUAUAACAUAUGCAAAACGGUAGUAUCUUCCAUAGUAUGAUUUAAUGAGUAGUUAUAUAGGAAAUUCCCAAAAAUGUUAUGAAUUACAGUACCAUAGUUUCAGUUAUCUCCCUAUUGUGAAAUAUAACAUAAAUAGAAAAGGGUGGUAACUUCCAAAUUACAAUUUAACACGUA